AUGGAGUAUCUCGAGCCUUCUUGUGGGUACCUGGCCAUGACUCCUUGGCCUUGUCACAGUCCAUUUUGUUGGGACUACGAGCCGCUAGAAAAUGCAAGUUAUGUAGAUGUUGUGAAAUCCAUGAGGAUUGGAUUUGCCAUUAAAUUCCCUUUCAGAUAUGAUAGGAUGAGCAGAAGCAUCAAGGAGUGCCUAAUACUCCAGUUUCGCGACUUCUCGCAAGAGUGUAGUGAAGGCGUCAUGAGUUGUCUUCUGCAAAUUCUUUUGGUCGAUGGAAAUUUCUGGUACUGCUUAGUGUAUGCAACUGGAUUUGGUGAUUAUGCCUCAUCAAUCAUACCAUCCGUCUUCUGGUUUGUCAAGUGCAAUGCUGUGUUAUGCAGGUUUGUGUUGGCACCACUGGUUGUGUUGAUUUUCCUCGCCCACAAGUAUUGCAAAACGAGGAUCACAAUUGAUGCUGUCGAGAAGUUCCUCCGAAUGCAACAAAUGCUAGGUCCGAUGAGAUAUGCCUACACUGACAUCACAGCAAUUACUAGCCAUUUCAGAGAUAAGCUGGGUCAGGGAGGCUGCAGGUCUGUGUUCAAGGGUGUGCUAUUGCCAGGCAAUGUUCAUGUUGCUGUCAAGAUGCUAGAGGGCAAUUCUAACUGCAAUGGAGAAGAUUUCAUCAGUGAGGUCUCCACCAUCGGCAGGAUCCACCAUGUAAACGUGGUGCGUCUCAUGGGUUUCUGCUCAGAGGAGAUGAGGAGGGCUCUGUUAUAUGAGUACAUGCCUCAAGGUUCUCUUGAUAAGUACAUCUUCUCCGCCGAGAAGUGCUUCUCUUGGGACAAGCUUAAUGAUAUAGCUUUGGGCAUUGCCAGGGGUAUUAACUACCUGCAUCAGGGUUGUGACAUGCAAAUUCUCCACUUUGACAUCAAGCCGCACAAUAUCUUGCUCGACAAUAAUUUCAUCCCCAAAGUUGCUGCUUUCGGUCUUGCCAAACUAUACCCAAGAGACAACAAUUUCGUGCCAUUGAGUGUCCUACGGGGAACAAUUGGGUACAUAGCUCCUGAGAUGAUAUCUCGGAGCUUCGGUGCCAUAUCGAGCAAGUCUGAUGUUUACAGCUUUGGGAUGCUGCUGCUGGAGAUGGCUGGAGGAAGAAGGAACGCUGAUCCAAACGCAGCAAUGUCAAGUCAGGCGUACUACCCAUCAUGGGUGUAUGACCGGCUAACUCAACAAGAUGUAGGUGAGAUAUCUGCUCCUAUUGCUACUGAGAUGCAUGAGUUGGAGAGGAAGUUGUGCAUUGUUGGAUUAUGGUGCAUCCAGAUGAGGUCUCAUGACAGGCCAACGAUGAGUGAAGUCAUAGAGAUGCUGGAAGGUGGCUUCGAUUGCCUGCAGAUACCUUCCAGGCCAUUCUUUUGCGACGAGGAGCACACCGCUGUUGCGGACUCUUACCCUUUGUUGUCCGAGCUUACUGAGAUUUCAGAGGAGGAUGAGUAG